CUUGACGCCGCUGAGAAGAAGAGAAUCCCAACCCAGCUCCCUCCUCCCCUUUGCCUUGUUCAAUCUUUUUAUUCUCCUCUAGCUCCACAAUUCUUGUUUCUUCUUCUGAAUAUAAUUGUCGCGAUAGACGAUCGACGAGAAUCUAAUUGAAAAUUUCGCCUCUUUAAUUUCCUCCCAUCACUUCAGAAGAUUCCAACCUUGAUGGAACAUGAGCAAGAUGACCCUGGUACAGCACCACAUGGUGGGGUUGAUUCGCUACUUGAGAAUUCACUUGCAAGUGAAUCUAUGUGUGAUCAUCCUACUGUGAGUAACAACAGCGUUCAUACAGAUAAGGCUGAGGAUUCUGGAAGUAACGAGCAUCCCAACAUUUAUCGAGAAGAUAUUGUUAGAAGCAACAAGACGGGUAGUAUUGGAGUUGUGAGCGAAGUAGCUGGUGAUUCUGACAGUGAUAUGAGUGAUGAUGAUGAUGACGACGACGACGAAGAAGAUGAUGAGGACAACAGUAAUGAUGAUGAUGAUGAUGAUGAUGAUGAUGAUGGGGAGGAAGAGGAAGGGAAAAAGGGCAAUGAGGAUAAUUCUGGGAACUACAAAUGUGGUACUCUUGAGGGUGAUCAGAUCCGUGUGCUUUGGAUGGAUGAUGACACUGAGCCAGUUCAAGGUGUUAAGGAUUUAACCGUUGUAGACCGUGGUUUCCUACACGGAGACUAUGUUGCUUCAGCUUCUGAGCCAACUGGGCAGGUGGGAGUAGUAGUGGAUGCUAACAUUUCGGUAGAUUUAUUAGCUCCCGAUAGUUCUGUCCACAAGGACAUCUCCACCAAAAAGUUGAAACGGGUCAGGGAUUUUGCCGUUGGUGAUUAUGUGGUUCAUGGCCCCUGGCUAGGUAGAGUUGAUGAUGUAUUGGACAAUGUGACUGUGUUGUUUGAUGAUGGCUCCAUGUGUAAAGUCCUACGCGCUGAGCCUCUUCAACUAAAACCUAUUACUAAGAAUAACCUUGAAGAAGAUGCCAACUUCCCAUAUCACCCAGGCCAGCGUGUCAAAGCAAGCUCCUCAUCUGUUCUUAAGACUUCGCGGUGGUUAUCUGGAUUGUGGAAACCCAAUCGCUUAGAAGGCACUGUGACCAAAGUCACUGCUGGCUCUAUUUUUGUCUACUGGAUUGCCUCAGCUGGCGUUGGGCCAGAUUCUUCUGUUUCCCCACCUGAGGAGCAGAGUCCUAGUGAUUUGACAUUGUUGUCAUCUUUCACUCAUGCCAAUUGGCAAGUCGGUGACUGGUGCCUCCUUCCAUCGGUGAAUCAGUCUGCUACAAUUCCCUUACAUAAGCAUGUAUCCAAAUUACGACUUUAUGAUUCCCAAGCAAAUCAGCACCAGAAAGAUGAAGUAAGCGAGAAAAAUGAACAUGCGGGUAUAACUGCUGAAGCUUUGCCAAAGGAAACUAGUGUUUCUUCUCUUUCAAAGGAGCCUGCUCAUGAGCCUUGGCCUCUCCAUCGUAAGAAGAUACGCAAACUUGUUAUCAAAAAGGACAAAAAGGUAAAGAAAAAAGAGGAAAGCUUCGAACGAUCUCUACUGAUAGUUAAUAGCAGAACGCGUGUUGAUGUAGCGUGGCAGGAUGGUACAGUAGAAUGUGGGCGUGAAGCAACAACAUUGAUUCCAAUUGAGACCCCUGGUGAUCAUGAAUUUGUGGCUGAGCAGUAUGUGGUGGAGAAGGCUUCGGAUGAUGAUGAUAACAAAACUGAAGCUAAGCGUGUUGGAGUUGUUAAAAGUGUCAAUGCAAAAGAACGUACUGCUUCUGUGAGAUGGUUGAAGCCACUUGGACGGGCAGAAGAACCUCGUGAGUUUGACGAGGAAGAAAUUGUUAGUGUUUAUGAGCUGGAGGGCCAUCCUGAUUAUGACUACUGUUAUGGGGAUGUUGUUGUUCGAUUAUCACCUGUUACCAUAGCGUUACCAGCAUCUUCUUCCGGAAACUCUUUAGAGGAGGCAACAGAGAAAGACAAUGGCGACCAAGAUACGGAAACGCAUCAAGAAGCAACUGUCCAUGACAGGGAAGAAAACGAAGUCAAUACGGACCUUUCAGAGCUCUCGUGGGUAGGAAAUAUUACUGGCCUAGAGGAUGGUGAUAUUGAAGUCACAUGGGCCGAUGGAGUGGUAUCAACGGUUGGCCCUCAAGCAGUUUAUGUCGUUGGACGGGACGAUGAUGAUGAAUCAACUGGUGCAGAAAGUGAUUCAAGUGAUGCUGCUAGUUGGGAAACUGUAGACGAUGAUGAUAAGGGUGCUCCUGAGAUUCCUGAAGAGGAUCAUGGAAGGAGUAGUUUUACUGAGGGAAACUCUGAUGCAGAAACCAAUGCUGAGAAUGAUUAUGGGAGGAAUGGUGCCCUAGCUCUCCCACUAGCUGCUAUUGAAUUUGUGACUCGACUUGCUAGUGGAAUCUUUUCACGUGGACGGAAAACUGAAGAUCCUUCCAGUUCCAGUCCCACAGGUGAGAAGCAGGCUGAAUUUACUAACCCUUCCGGCGAGAGGGAUUCCUUCCUCGACGAUCCUACUUCUCCAAAUUUAAGUGCCACUGAUAACUGUGAGUCAGAGGGCACAGUUCUAGAAAACGAAGCAUUGGAAAGAUCAAAGAGCGAAAAAUCUGAUGAGCCAGUAACCUCUGAAGGUGAUAGUUGCAGUUUCAGACGCUUUGAUAUAUCACAAGAGCCUCUGGACCACCAUUUUCUUGGCGCAGAUGAGCAGAAAACCAAGGAAAGAAGAUGGUUCAAAAAGGUUGAUCGAGACUGGAAAAUACUUCAGAACAAUCUUCCCGAUGGAAUCUUUGUCCGAGUUUACGAAGAUAGAAUGGAUCUCCUAAGGGCCGUAAUAGCCGGGGCAUAUGGAACACCAUAUCAAGAUGGUCUCUUCUUUUUCGAUUUUCACCUUCCACCUGACUACCCUAGUGUGCCACCGUCGGCAUAUUAUUAUUCUGGCGGUUGGAGGCUAAACCCUAACCUAUAUGAAGAAGGAAAGGUCUGCCUUAGCCUUCUUAAUACGUGGACAGGCAGAGGAAAUGAAGUCUGGGAUCCCAAAUCAUCGAGCAUCCUUCAAGUCCUUGUUUCACUCCAGGGUUUGGUGUUGAAUUCAAAGCCUUACUUCAAUGAAGCUGGGUAUGAUAGGCAGAUCGGAACUGCUGAAGGAGAGAAAAACUCACUGGGAUACAACGAGAAUACCUUUUUGCUAAAUUGUAAAACCAUGAUGUAUCUUAUGCGGAGACCACCAAAGGACUUUGAAGAACUCAUCAAAGAGCAUUUCAAGAAACGUGGUUAUUACAUCUUGAAGGCAUGUGAGGCAUACAUGAAAGGAUAUCUGAUAGGUUCCCUAGCUAAAGAUGCCUCAAUUAUCAAUGAGCACAGCAGUGCAAAUUCAACUUCGGUUGGUUUUAAGCUUAUGUUGGCUAAGAUUGCGCCAAAGCUUUUCUCAGCGCUGAGUGAAGUAGGAGCUGACUGCAAUGAAUUCAAGCAUCUCCAGCAGCAAUAACACAAGCCGGGUAUAUACUAAACAUUGCCAAUGAACCAAAGCGGAGGUUUGUGGUUUUUUUAAGUUUCAAACUCAGAUAUGUCGGAAAUUUUCUCUCUCUUUUUUAGUUACACAAGAAUUGCAUUAUGAUCCUGAUUUGUAACCCCAUCUGCUCCGGCAAUAUUGGCAAAUGAUUUUGUUUUGGUUGAUCAUGGUUUGGAGCUUGCUUAAAAGUUGUAGGGGUGCACUACAACACUUGGUUUGUCAUUAGUUGUCAAAUAACUUCUAACAAAGAUAAUUUCAAGUGAA